ACCAGUUCCCCUAGAAACAAAAUCAAGUUAUUUUUAUGUGAUGGGCGUAACCAUCAAUGGGCAACAAACACAAUGUCUGAUAUCACAUCAAAUGUCAAGGGAUUCACUGUCUAUUCUGAAGCACUUUUUUUUCUUUGCUUCCGUGUUUCGUUUCGUUGAAAGUUACCUACCCUGGACUGAACAGAUUGCUGGGAAACGAAACUGAACCGGGUAAUAGAUCGCGUCGCCGAAGUGCGAGUUUACACUCAUCCGUAGAAGAUGACGAAUAAGGACGUUCUACGGCAAUAUCAGACAUAUAUCACAAAUAUUAUCCAGCCAUCAUGUAUACUACCCCUGGUUGAAUUUCUGAAUGACCAUGAGGGUCAAAUCCAGACCGUAGAGGACCAAAAGGGCCUGACCGAGGCAGCCACUCUGAUGAUGUCAUUGAUUUAUGACCUCCCAGAGACCCAAGGCUGGUUUCGCAUGCUCCUGGAUGGCUUCAGCAAUGCAGGUUACUCUACCCUUGCUGAAGCCAUUGAAUCCAAUGACUUUGCUGACAUAGAGAAGGCAGCAAUUCACAAAGAGGAGGUGAGGAAGCUCAGGGUCAUGCUGGCGAAUCAGCUAAAGCCCCUGGACAUUCUGCCAUACAUGCAUGAGGUACUGCUGCCAUCCCAGAGGGAGAGGGUUGAGCAGAUAACUGAACUGAAGGGAAUGGUGCGUGGAACUCAUACACUGCUGGAUUUCCUGCUCAGAACAGAUAAUCCCCGGUGGUACACUUGCUUCCUGGAUGCCCUGAGGAAGGGUAGAUUUGAUCAAGUGGUGAAUGUUCUGGAUGAUCAGAGUGGCAAUGCAUCUGAGCAAAGUGGUGUUGAUGGCAAGGAAGAGGCAUUGGAGGAAAUGGAAAUUUCUUUCAGCGAGGAAGCAGGUCCCUCCAAUCUCUUUGCCAGUGCAGAUGCUGGAAAAGAUGGGUGCCAACCAACAUCAAACUAUGAUGCGCCUUCUUCUGUGGCACUGCGAAACUACCAACUAGAAUUAGCUGAACCAGCUCUGAAGGGCAAGAACACUAUUAUAUGUGCUCCAACAGGCUCAGGGAAAACGAUGGUUGCCAUGGAGAUCUGCAGGCAUCACUUGGAGCAGAGCACAGAGGAGAGGGGGCGGAAAGUAGUGUUCCUGGCCAACACUAUCCCACUGUGCCAACAGCAGAUGGAAAUGUUUCAAAAGUACUUUGAGAACACAGACGUUGGAGUGACCGGUCAUUUUGGGGACGAUGCCAACCCAAUAGCUAUCCGUGUUUCAGUGGAGACUUGUGAGAUCAUAGUGAUGACACCAAAGCUUCUUGAGAUUAACCUUCAAGAUGGAACAAUCCCUGGACUCUCAACAUUCACCCUCAUUUUCUUUGAUGAAUGCCACCACACCAUGAAGAACCACGCCUAUAAUGCAAUCAUGAAGAUGUACUUGGACAUCAAGCUGGGUCCUGAACCAACACCACUCCCACAGAUUGUGGGUCUGACAGCCUCUGUUGGAGUGGGCAAGUCCAAGAAUGAGCGGGAUGCCAGAGAGCACAUCUACCAGUUGUGUGCCAACCUGGACACUGACACCAUCUCCACUGUGAGACAGAAUGAGGGAGAGCUUAGUUCCCAUGUCUUUGUUCCAGAUAAAGAUACAAGAAUUGCCAAGCGCCGUGUCGCCAACCCUUUCAUGGAUAUUGUGUUGGAACUGAUGGCCCAUGUGGAAUCCCUUGCAAACAAUACCUACAACAUUGACUCCCUGUCCAAGAUCCCACGUAGCACACGUGGGAGUCAGUCUUAUGAGCAAUGGAUUGUGGAGGUCCAGAGGAACUGCAAGGUUCUGAGGCUGGACAAUGAGGAUGAAGAGAAAAAGGUCUGCAGAAAGCUGGUGACCUGUGCAGAGCACCUUAGGAAAUACAACGACUGCCUGAUCAUAUCAGAAGACGCUCGGGUGAAAGAUGCUUUCAAAUAUCUGCAGGAGCAUUUUGACAACUUGGAUCCAGAAUAUUUCGAUGAGACUGAUGAGAAACUGGUGAACUAUUUUGAAGAUAAGAAGGCCAUGUUGAAAAAUGUUGCGAAUGAGAAUGGUAUGGACAAUCCCAAGCUGUCCGAGCUGCAGCUGGUCUUUGAGGAGCAGUACAGGUUCAAACCUGAAACUCGCACCAUCCUGUUUGUCAGGACCAGGGCACUAGCAGAGGCAAUUAAAGAAUGGGUUUUGGAAACACCUACUCUAACUCAUCUCAGACCAAAGGUUCUCAUUGGACGUAGAAAAACUGACAAAGUUGAAGGAAUGUCCCUGUCCAAUCAGAAAGCCGCCCUGGACGCCUUUCAGGAAGGUGGCAGCAAGUUGCUAAUUGCCACUUCUGUGGCAGACGAGGGCAUCGACAUUGCCAGCUGCAACCUGGUACUGCUCUAUGACUAUGUGGGCAAUGUCAUCAAAAUGGUGCAGACCAGAGGCCGUGGCAGAGCAAAGGACAGCCUCUGCAUCCUGAUCACCAGCAACUCAGAAAGUGCCACUAAGGAGCAGAUCAAUAUCAUACAUGAGAAGAUGAUGUAUGAUGCUAUAAAGAGCAUACAGAGAAUCGACCACACCCAGUUCCUGGCCAAGGUGAACAAAAUGCAGACAAUCAUGAAGAAAACAUACGAUAUCGAGAGACAGAUGGCCCAAACCAGGAGUCAGGAAACGGACCCCUUUGUGCUGCUGUGCGGAAAAUGCCGAAAAUUUGCAUGCAAUACAAAAGAUAUCAGAGUCAUUAAGAACGCUCACCGGGUCGUCAUCAACAAAGAUUUCAUCGACCUCUGCAAUGUCACACCCCACCCGAAACCGAAGAAAUAUGAUGAUAUGGAAAUGAAACGCAAGAUAGCCUGCAAAGACUGCAACCGUGACUGGGGCAUCAUGGGAUCAUACCUGGGGCUUCCUGAAGUGCCCCUCCUCAAAACAGAAGGCUUUAUCUUUGUCAACAGUCGCACCCAGAGCAGACCGAAAGUGAAUAAAUGGCAGGACUUUCCAGGAGUCAUAGAAGAGUUCGACAUCCUGGAUAAGAGUAGUACUGCACAGGGAAAAGGAGUGUAGUUCCAUGAAGUACAGUAGCUCUCGUAUUAUUCACCAAUCGUGUCUUAAUUAUAAUUCUGACUUUGAAAUUAUAUUAUUCAUGAGUUCACGUGGUAAUGGGAAUACAGGUGGGAAAUACAGGCAGCAUUAGCCUUUGGUACUGAUAUGAUGACUUUUUAUUACUCUGGUAUAUCCUGCUUUAUCAUUGAAUGUUUGACAAUCAUUCUACAUUCAUUUGUACUAGUGUCAUUUUAUUUGCACUUAGUAUAUUUUGUUCAGAUUUUUUGUCGUAUUCAAUCUUGUUUUUACAAAUCGUCUUUUCCAGCAUCAUUUUGUAUUUUCACUUUUUGCAUCUUGUUGAUGAUACCACCCUGUUAUAAUUUUCUGUUAAGCACUUGAGGCUGUAUGAAAUGUGCUGUAUCAUGCACCUUUGUAUUUUGAAUGAGCAUUCAUAAGUAAUAUUCAGUGGAACGAAACAAAUCAUUGUGAAUAAAAAUGCAACUGAAAUGUUAGGGAAUUGUAAUUCAGCUCACUUUUUAAAUCAGCCCGUGUGGGAAUGUGUAGACUGCCUCGGGGCACGUGGCCUGCCCUGUUGAGCAGGACUGUUAGAUGCUGGUUUGUAUUCCAGGUGUGUGCGGGUCUGGAAUGGAUGGCUGCAGUAUUGCUGUGCCGAGUCUCCCAACGACGCAGCAGACAGCUGCGUGACCUUAAUUUACCUUAACUCUCUAGCACUGCCGCACUGCACGUCGUCCUUUCUAAACCAGCAGGGAAAAAUCUACAUCCUGAACAGCAUUCUUUUUUUCCUGUCACACAGAGAAGAGAAUGUGGUUAACAAGCCACAGUAAAAAAAAAAAUUAACAAAAGCAGUCUGCAUGCAUACAAAAAGAACAUCUUAACAUGAGCUAUUUACUCCAUUUUGUACUCUUAAGAUUUCUGGAAUGUGUAAAACACAUGUACAAUAACAAUACCCUAAUCUGUUAUAGCCUUAACAAUGGGUUUGAUUUUUGAUAAAGCAUUUAAUAUAGAUAUGUAAUAUGUGCAUAAAAUGCAAGAACAUUUGCUUGUCUGACAGCCAGGGCUGCUCAGUAGCUUGCAGUGUGGUCUGUCUGUCGCUAGGCAGAACGCAGCAGCCUCAUGUGAACUUGCCGGGGGAAGUAAUAACUACAGUGUCUCUGUGGUGCAGAUACUGUUGAGCUGUGCGCAGAAUUUUAACAGACGGCUCUUUAUUUUUUAUUACUCAUGUAUAAAAUCAUGUAUUAUGCAGAAAGAUCAGUUGGACAGUCACAAGAAAUAAAAACAUGCAAUUAUA